UUAUAAAACAAAUUAUGAUACUGUUUGUGAAUUUAAAUUAAUAUAUAAAAUAUGUAUAUAUUUUAAUUUAUAAUAUUUCCAUUUUAAAAUUUUAAUUUUAAAAAUUUUAAAUAUUUUUUUAAAAAAAGUUAUAUUUAUUUAUCCAUCCGCAACCGCAAACGCUUGCUAGAAUUAUCUUUUGCUUUUAAGAGGUUUAGAGCGGUUUGAAGCGAUUUGUAACGGUUUGUAUGAUUGUUUCGAAAUGCUGUCAACCGCUACUAACCACAAAAGCUUCAUUUGCGGAUGGUAGCGGGAAAACCAAUCAGACUCGAAACGCUCCUUCCAACGGUGACAUGCCUAAAACUCAAGCAAGCAUGUAAAUCUAACAAGUAACAACGUCACAAAAGAAUACCAAAAACCUUUGGCUAUACAUUUUUGAACUUUUCAAAUCUAGGUAAGAUAGCUCAAGCAUCGUAGUAAGCUAGAAAGACCGGUCUUAGGCAUAGCUCAGUAAGGUAUAAAUAUUAAUCUUUAAAUUUUAAAUUUUGAACAGUCAAUAUACAUAUUUCUAUGGUCUUUAAAUUAUUAAAAAAAUAUUAAAAUUUAUAGAAAAACAGUUACUAAAAUCUACAGCUGGAGACGGCCCUAGGAUAAAAUUUAUAUAAGAAUACCAUUCUUAAAAUGUAUGAUGUACACGUUUAUAUCCGGUUUUUGUCUUCAUCCUUAUAUAUAUAUAUAUUCAAAUUGAAAUUCAAAUAUACCUGUAUAUACGUUUUGUUUUGAUGUUUCUAUCAUUAUAAGCGUUUUGUUUCGUAUUUUAAAAAGAAAAUAGCAUCAAGCAGGCAUGAAAUGGCGCAUUAAGGUUAUUAUAACAACUGUCCACCAAAUCGGGUGUGACUGGUGCAGUAUCUUAUUAGGCCGUGAAGUGUCAAAAUAGAGAAGACGAUUAUCAUAGUUUUAUGUAUGAUUUUGGCUACUGUCCUUUUCAAUCUUUCUUUUGUCGAACAUCUAAACUUAGGUGACAUAGAUGUUAAUUUCUAUAAAUGUUUACAUUUAAUUUCCUCGAGUAGUAACGAAACAAUCUAUCUAUCUAUACUAUUAUUUAAGAAGUGAAUUUGCUUACUUGUCAUCUUUUUCAUGAUUUUAGUUAAUUUGCUUACUUGUAAUUUUUUUUAUGAUUUUUAGAUAAAUCAUUAGUUUAAUUAAUAUUAUUAUUUAAAUGUUUGCUUACUUAUCAUUUUUCCAUGAUUUUAGUUAAUUUGUUUACUUGUCAUUUUUUCGAUGAUUUUAGAAUAAAUCAUUAGUUUAAUUAAUAUUAUAAUUUAAAAUUUUAUUUUAAAAUCUAUAUAUUUAUAUGAUAUUAAAGAUAAUUAAUAAACAUUAAAUUAUGCUACUGAUAUAUAUAUAUAUAUACACUAUUAUUUAAAAAAGUAUAUUUUAAUAUAUAAUUAUCAUGAUAUUUAGGACAUUUAAUUAAUAAAUAGAUAUUAACAAUUGAUAUUGACAACAUCUACUGAUAAUAUAAUCAUUACUUUUAUCUUGUAUUAAUUUAUGAUUUUAAUGAUUAAUAUUAUAGCCAUUUCUUUGAUUUUUAUAGGAAAUAUUGAUGAAAUACAAAAUUUAUAUGUAAGUAUUUUAAUAUAUAUGAAUUAACCGAUUUCUUUAGUUUAUUCGGUUUGAUCGCUUAAUAUACUCAACCAUAUUCAUAUACUGCGGUUUCUUAAAAAUUACAUCCAUUCAGUUUAUUUGAUACUACCAAAUCAAGACCGUUUUUCCAAUUUCGGUUUGGUUCGGUUUAAAAUGGUUCGGUUUUGCCGGAUUGAAUAGUCCUAGACUAUUGUUAAGUUAUUAAUGUUUUAUAGUUGUGAUAUUUUUUAUAAUCCUUUCCAGUACCACAUGAUUUCUUUUCAGUCCAAAUACUACAUUUAUUUAAUUUCAGAUACAAAUUUUCUAAUUUAAUUAUUAGUAUAGAAAGGAUUUGAUCCAAUAUAACAUAAUUUAGUACAUUGAUUACCAAUAUAAAUAUUGAAGUUUUAUAAUUUAUAACAUUUAAAUUUUGUAAUUAAUUUAGUUAUUAUUAUUUUAUAAAAAUAAACAUUAGAAUUAAAAAUUGUUAGAUAUACAGAUAUAUUAAUCCGUACAAGGUGCGGGACAUCAACUAGUUAUAUAUUGUUAUAACCGAAAAUAAAGUUUAUUGUGGCAUCUUUAGAGAAUUGUUUUUCAGAGGUCAAAUUAUUUUGCUGCUUCAGGUUAGUGGAGAGAUCCCAUAGUUUUGAAAUGAGAAAAACUAAUAUUAAAAACAAAUUCAUCUAUGUUCUUUUCAAAUUAAAUGUUAUAUAAACAUAAAAUAUUGUAUUAUUUAUUUAUUCUAAAAGAAUUGCAUCUAUAAUUUUUAUUUUAUUAUGUUAGUGUUAUUUACAGAAUUGUAUAUAAAAAUUUAAUUGGAUUCUAUGAUAUGUAUUCAAAAUACAUUAAAAAUAUAUCAAGUAAAAUAAAAAUUGAUAACUCUUUAAAUCUAAUAUUUUAAUAUACAUAUAUUAAAAAAAACUAAUAACUCUAUAAAUUAAUAAAAUAUUAUGAUUUCAAAAUUAUUAAUUAUAAGAAUUUUAAUUUAAUAAGAGUUAAAUCAACAUUAUUUAUCUAAUUUUGGGUCACAAUCUUAUCAUGAGAAACUUAAUAUAUGAAUUAAUGUGUUUUUUCUUAUACAACUUAUAUUUACAAUAUUAUUAUUAGUGUUAAAUUACAUUGUUUUAUUAUAGGAUUAUCAUAAAAUAUUUUUAUUAAGGUAUUAUUAAUUAAAUUUUGUUAUGUUUAAUAUUUAUCAUUUGAUAUUUAUUUUAUAAUAAAUAUUGUUGGACUCAAUUUUGGUCAAUACCGAAAUGAGCGACGAUCAAAGGAAUGAGCCGAGACAGGCCGAGGCCCAUAACAAGAAUCAAGCUCGAAGAAGGAAUCGCAGAGAUCGCAUAACAAGAAGCUGAGAUCACGGAGCUACCACGGGGAUCUUGGAGUCGACUUACUAUAAAAGAAGAAGAAGAAACACGGAAGAUGACACGUUGGAAACCCUAUAGAAAGCUACACAUUCACAUCGAUCUUGUUGUCUUCCCACUUUUAGAUUCUCUCUUUAUCGACCUCGUUUGUAUCACUCGAUCUAGUUCAAUUCAUUGUAUUUGAUCCCAGUUAUCAAUAAAGUAUAUUUUCGCCUACCUGAAACUAUUUAACAUCGUUGUGUUCUAAAGAUAUCGUUGCCCACAUCAUUUGUUUUCCCUAGAUCAACCCUGAUCACUAUCAAAUACUUUGUGUAGAUUUUAGGUUAUACAAAUAUUAAAUAAUAUUUAGUAUUUGUGAAUAUUACCACAGAAAAUUUUGAUAUGUAUAUUGCCCUCAAAUAAUAUGAGCUUUAAUACCGGUUAGAAAAUUUUCAGUGCAAAAACAAUAGUAUUAAUAUAAUGUUUUAGUGUUGGAUUGAAAAUGACACUGUAUUUCUCUUAGCGUGGACUUAGAUGAUCUUAAGAUGAUUCAGUACCCAGUCAUAUUCAAAUAUGUUACCAAACCUCUCUAUUAUUUAUAUUCUUCCUCCUCUAAAACACAUUCAAUAAAAACCAUCACAAUUACCGCAAUCGCCAUGAACACCUUCCAACCGCCUCCGCCUCUGGUGAUGCCGGGCUACAACCACCUCCUUGGCACAGAAGACAUCGUAGGAUUCAGAUACAGAAUUGGAUUCUCCAUCGGAGUGCUCCUUCUGAUCAUCACCACAAUCACCCUCAUCUCCUACUUCUGCAAACGUAGUCAGCUCUCUUCUUCAACGUCAUCACCAGAUUGGGCACGUGUGCAUCACCACUUCAUCAUCGACGGUCUGGACGAUGAGACUAUUCAGAGCUACCCAAAGAUCCUCUACUCAGAAGCAAAAGUAAAUUCAACGUCGUCGUGUUGUCCAAUAUGCUUGGGAGACUACAAGGGGAAUGAUCUGCUGCGGCAACUGCCAGACUGCAACCACUUCUUUCACCUCAAAUGUGUCGACAUGUGGCUUAGAAUCAAUCCUACAUGUCCUGUCUGCCGUACUUCGCCGCUUCCUACUCCUCAGCCCACUCCCCUCGCCGAGGUUGUCCACUCAGCCUCCUCCGUGGCCACCACCAGGAUGUCCUAAUUAUUAUAAGUCGAAGUCAAGCCUAACCUUCGGGAUAUUCUUCUUUACUUCCUAUACAAGUCUUCUUUUUUGGUCAUUGUAUAUAUUAUUUGAAGCCCCAAAACAUGUAAAAGGAAGGAAAAGUAAAGCUUAAUUAUUUCACAUUUUUGUUGGAUAAACUGCUUUGAUUUUUUUUUUGUCAAAUUGAAUUUUACAUACGUACGAAGAAAGUGUAAUUGGAGUCGUGUUGAAUAUCAUCGAGAGGGACUUGAUAUGUGUGUUUCUUCAUUAAUUCUUGGCUCGUAUUUAAA